AUGUCUGAUCUUAACAGCCAGAGGCAAAGCCCCUUCCCCUGUUAUAAACCUGGGGGUAAAGGCCAUUCUGCCAUUGACUUCACAGAAGAGGAUGAACUCCUAUUCACACAGCAAAGCCUUUUGAAGCGAUGGAAUUCAGUGCAGGAACUCAGUUGGGAUAUCUAUGAUGUUGAGGAAAAUGAUGAUGACGAUGUUCAAUUUUUCCCCACAUCUCUGAUUCCACCUGUGGCUAGGAACUAUAUACUGAAUAUUAAUGUAGGUGGUAAAGUUUACCAGAUCUCUUACAGAGUGGCAGCUAAAUAUCCCAAGACGAGGAUUGGCCGUCUUGCAACAUACACGGACCACAAUAGAAAGCUUGACCUCUGUGAUGAUUAUACUGUCCUGAAUAAUGAGUUUUUCUUUGACCGGGAUCCAGAUGUCUUCCACAACAUUUUUAAUUUCUACAGGACCGGGGUUCUCUGGAUAAAUGAUGAGCUGUGUCCUCGUAAUUUUUUAGAGGAAAUCAACUACUGGGGUGUUCGGAUAAAGAACACCCCCCGCUGCUGCCGCAUCUCAUUCGAAGAACGGCAAGAUGAGCUGAAUGACCAGCUGAAGGUGCAGCGGGAGCUGCAGGCAGAGAUCGAAGUGGAGGAAAACGAGGAGCUGUUCAGGGGAAUGGCUUUUGGACACACUCGCCGCAAUAUCUGGAACCUCAUGGAAAAACCUUUCUCCUCGGUCAUGGCCAAGCUCAUGGCUGUGGCCUCUAGCUUCUUUGUGCUUGUGUCCCUAGUUGCCAUGACCCUGAACACGGUGGAGGAGAUGCAGUACAAAACAGCAACCGGCCAACUCAGCGGAAAAACCUAUGCCGAGUACAUGGAGACCUUCUGCAUCGCUUUCUUUACCAUGGAAUACCUACUGCGCCUUGUGUCCACGCCAGACCUCAGGUGUUUCGGUCGGAGCGUGCUCAAUGCUGUGGACCUGAUUGCCAUCUUGCCACUGUAUUUGCAGAUGGUCCUGGAAUGCUUUGAAGAUGAGGACCACCAGAGGCAUGGCACUGACAUCGAGAGGGUGGGGCGGGUGGGCAAAGUUGGACAGGUGCUGCGCAUCAUGCGUCUAAUGCGAAUUUUCCGCAUCUUGAAACUGGCACGCCACUCCACAGGACUGCGAGCAUUCGGCUUCACGCUGCGUCAGUGCUAUCAACAGGUGGGCUGCCUUUUCCUCUUCAUCGCAAUGGGAAUCUUCACUUUCUCGGCCAUGGUCUACACUGUAGAGCAUGAUGUCCCCAAAACAAACUUCACAAGCAUACCUCAUGCAUGGUGGUGGGCAGCUGUCAGCAUCUCCACAGUGGGGUAUGGUGACAUGUUUCCAGAAACUAUCCUGGGUAGGAUUUUUGCAUUCACAUGCAUAUCUUUUGGAAUCAUCCUGAACGGCAUGCCCAUCUCGAUAUUGUACAACAAAUUCUCAGACUAUUACUCCAAGCUGAAAUCCCAUGAAUACACAUCCAAUGUGAAAGCUCGUGGAAAGGUGAGAUUUGCCAAGAGAGCCAUCAAGAAAUUCAUGGAAUGCUGCAAGCAGCCCAAAGGCUAGUCCCCCAGAAUCCUUCCUGUGUGACUGAUUUAUCCACUGAUGUGUUUGUUUUAUGGUCUCACUGCUAAAAAUAUAACAAAUUAAAUCAUAUGAGAGCUUCUGUCAUGUUACAUGCAGAAGCUGA